CGUCAAUGCUCUCCAUCAGUCAGCAUUCUUACACCUCCCUGCUGGUCUUCAAGCUCCCAUUCUUCUGGCCGCUCCCAGAUCGCAGAUUCCCAUCCGUCCAACCAGUCUUUCCCUCUCUAACUCUCUCGCAAUGGCGCCCACUGUCGCUCUUCUCGGCGCCACCGGCGACCUCGGGAGUCACCUCCUUUCUGCUCUCGUGAAGCGCGCACAGACUGGCGAGCUCAACGUCAUCGUCCUCCACCGCAAGGGCAGCAAUGUAGGCAAGCUCAAUCUGCCCAUGAGCGUGCACACGCGCGUGCUCGAUGCCGACAACGCGAGUGUUGACGAGGUGCGCGCGGCAUUGGAAGGCGUGGAUGUGCUCAUCUCGGCCGCAAAGCAGUCCCCAGACGGCGGGAAGCGCUUCGUCGAGACCCUCGCGACGCUCGCCAAGGAGCCGGCCUCUAUCAAGGUGUACAUCCCCUCAUACUUUACCGCCAACUGGGCUAAGGACGAGCGUGAGAACCCCGCCAACGUCUACCUCCACGGAAAGUGUAUGCUGCUGGACCGCACGAUCGCAGCCGGCGUCCCCACUACUUAUAUCGCCAAUGGGCUGUUCGAGUGGGCGUUCCUGAGCGGCGAGUUCUUCGGCGUGGACCCCAAGGCCAACGAGCUCAAGCUGUAUGGCGAUGCGCUCGACGCCAAGUUCUCUUUCCUCUCCCUCCCCUUCCUCGCUGAGGCGGUCGCACAGCUCCUCCUCGAGCCUUCCUUUGGCCCGGGGCAGAACUACACGCUCUCCGAGGCCGAAUUUACCGGCCGCGAUGUUGUCGAGGCGUUCAAGAGCGUGCAUGGCAAGGAGCCGACAAUCUCGCAGUUCACCGACGCCGACGUACAAAAGCUCCGUGAUGCCAGCCCCGCCGCAGGUCUCGGCGCAGCGUGGCGCAUGCACUGGGGUAACAAGAACUGGAAGGCUGAGAAUCUGUACCAUCCCAAGGGCGUCAGCCCGCGCACCCUCGAGCAGGCUGUGCGCGAGGCGGCUCAGAAGUAGACGAAGGCGCGUGUAGGAUGCAAAUGCAUGUCGUGAGCGGGG